AUGGAGCAUGACUCACAUACCACCUGGGAAUUCAAUGGCUCCUUCUAUCAGCCUUCAGCUUUCCUCAUGAUGGGCAUCCCAGGCCUGGAAGCCCUUCACCACUGGAUCUCCAUCCCUUUCUGUGCACUGUACCUUAUCGCUCUCUUGGGAAACUGCAUGAUCCUAUUCAUCAUAAAGACGACCCAAAGUCUUCACGAACCAAUGUACUACUUCCUCUCCAUGCUGGCAGUCACUGACCUGGGCUUGGUUCUAUGUACGCUGCCUACUACUCUGGGCAUUUUUUGGUUUAAUAUGCGAAGGAUUGGGUUUGAUGCUUGCCUCACUCAGAUGUACUUCAUCCACAUACUGUCCUUCAUCGAAUCCUCUGUGCUCCUGGCAAUGGCAUUUGACCGCUUCAUUGCCAUCUCCCACCCACUGAGACACCCAUCCAUACUGACUAAGACAACUGUCAUGAAAAUAGGUCUGGUAAUUAUAUUGAGAGGUAUGGUCUCCCUCCUUCCCAUACCCUUCUUGCUCAAGAGACUAACUUACUGCAGGAAGACUGAGCUUUCUCAUUCUUUUUGCUUCCAUCCUGAUAUUAUGAACCUAGCAUGUGCAGACAUAAAAGUCAAUGUCUUCUACGGUAUGAUUAUUCUUUUAUCAACGGUGGGGAUGGACUUCAUCUUCAUUGUGCUGUCCUACAUCCUGAUCAUUAAAACUGUUAUCGGCCUUGCAACCAAGGAGGAAUGUCUCAAGGCUCUGAAUACGUGUGUCUCCCACAUCUGUGCUGUUCUAGUGUUCUUCGUCCCAAUGAUCGGACUGUCCAUGAUCCAUCGCUUUGGAAAGAACGUUCCACCUCUGGUUAACACAUUGGUGGCCUACACCUACCUUAUAAUUCCCCCUGCUCUCAACCCCAUUAUCUACAGCAUAAAAUCCAGCCACAUCCGUGAGGCUUUGCUCAGGGCACUGCGGAGGAAGACUGAAUCUGAGUGGUAACUUCCUCCAUCAGUUCUGCCAGAAAGUGCUAGUGGACUGGUUUCUUGGUCAGAGCUAGAGGACUGGUUUCUUGGUACUCCAUCCAUGUGGGUCACUGCCAGAUGAAAGAACUGCAGAUCCUCUCAGACGUUGUCCCUCAACCCAGAGCUGUGAUCUUUCAAGUUCUGUCCUAGCAUGAUGCUUCCAUCCCUUCCAGCAGCCUGCGAACACCCCGAGCAGUAAUACCAGCGAUACAUACAGAUGGAAACUCUUUUCAGGUUGUGCAUUGGGGUGGAUCAAGGAGCCCCUGCAACGCAUGUCAUGCAAACUCUCGUAGGCAGAUAACCCUAAGCUUCACUCAGGCUCCCUUGCAUGGGGCCAUGGUUCCCUCACUGCAUGUUACAGCAUAGCUAACCCCAGCAGCAAGCUCAACAGGACAGGGCUUGGACCAACAGGAGCCACUCCGAAUAUCCCAGUCAUUAGUUGUUCAACUGGAAACACCUCAUGAGACAGAGCUCAGCUCCAGAGGCUGAGCACAGAGCAUUUUCUGAAGAUUAGGUCCUGUUAAGUGGGCCUGCAGCACUCUCAGUCCUCCCCAAAAAAUGGCUUAGCCUUCAUCUUCACCUGUGUUUCUAAAGUGCCAUACACAUCUACAGUGAUGGAAACAGUGCUGCUUUUGCAUCUCUUUUUGAUGUCAUCGAGCCCUACCAUCUU